AUGGACAACCAAAACAACAAUAAUGAUAUCAAGAGCAUUAAAAAAGAAAAAGAAACUGAAAGUGAUAAUAACAUCAAUAUUGACAACUCCUCUCAAAUAGAUUCAAAUAAUAAUAAUGCAACAACAACAACUUCGAGAGAUUACCCAAUGCAACAAAGUAUAUUACAAUCUGAACUUUCAGUAGCUUCUCCUCCCCCUCUUGUCUCUUCUCCAUAUCAAGAUCCACAACUAUCUUCCGCUGUCUCUCCAACCAAUUCUCCUCCAAACAUUUCAACAAUCUCACUAAAUACAAAAUCUUCGGCAAUGGUAGAAGAUCCAUCAAUUCAACAUUUAAUUUCAUGGGCACCUUCUGGUGAUGUGUUUAGUGUGUCCAAUCCAACAGAAUUUUCAAAAUUAGUGUUACCUCAAUAUUUUAAACAUAAUAAUUGGCAGAGUUUUGUAAGGCAAUUGAAUAUGUAUGGAUUUCAUAAAGUAAAUGAUAUGUUUCACGCAAAUCCAUCAAGUGAAAGUCAAGCAUGGGAAUUUAAGCAUCAAGAUUUUCGUAGAGGCCAACCAGCAGCCUUACAAUUAAUUAAACGUAAAAGUUCAAAACAUUCUACAAAUAGUUUACGUGAUGAUAGAAUUGAAUAUUUAACUAAUCAGAUGAAGGAAUUGAAGGAAAAAACAAGACAGAUAACCGAAAAUUAUAAAGUUUUAUAUGACGAAUCUUUAUCUUUUAGAAUGUUACAAAGUAAACAUCAACAGGUUAUUACAAUAAUAACGAAUUUGCUAGUAUCAAUGGCUAAAGAAGUUGAUUUUUUACAAGCUGAAGUUGCAAAGUUGGCUCAAGUUGAUCCUCCAUCUCAUUCUUCUUCAAUGAUACCACAUUAUACACAUCCUUACACGCCACAAAGAACAUUAUCAACUCCUCAACCUAUGAUCGGUGUAGAAUCUGCAGCGCCUCCACCGCCAUCACAACAACAACCUUCAGAAAUGGAUUAUCGUAUGACUCAACAACAGCAACAACAGUCUUCAUCCUCCUCAUCACCAUACCCAUCUCAACACAGUCGCACUCCAAAAAUUAAUCCUCCAAGUGCUUUAGCUAAAUUGCCCGAAUUUCCUUUUGCUCCUUCACCGUUUCAACCUACUUCCUCCACCUCUGGGAACCUUCCGAUUAUUCGUCAUCGGAUAAUAAAUAAGUCAUCAUCUUCAUUACCGUCUUCACAAACACGUCCUCCGCCAUUACCUGAUCCGCCAGAUAAUAGUGACGGAUCGUCAAUGGAAUAUAAGAGAAGGAAAAGAAGCUAA